GGGAGUUCCUGAACAUACCGUAAAUAUCACAGAUGGUCGCUACUGGUCUUCUCAUGUUUCUAUUAAGUGCAUGUGUUGAGGACGAAGAACAAUACAGCCAGUCAGUGACAAAAAUAUCGGGUUUUCCAUGGCAGAAAGGCAUAUCUUCUCUUGCCAACAUGGAUCUGUUUAUUGGGGAUCUACAUAUGCCCUUCACUGAAGAGGUCAAGUACUCUAUGCUGGGCAUUUCUGUCAUCCUCUUUCUGAUUGCUCUGGGCAUUAUGGUUUGGCAGUUAUUCCGGUACUUCUCACAGACUUUAAGGGAACCUGUGGAUGAGUUCAUUUCAUCUGAUAGCCAGCCAGCAAAAACAGGAGUCUUCUACAAGGAAACCCAGAACCCUAAUGUUAUGGCUGAAGCAAACCUUAAAGAGGCACAAAGGUUGAGUCGUGGCCUUUCUAUGGACAGCCAUUUGGAACUACCUAGCCUAGAAGACCAAGAGCAGGAGGAGGAAGUGAAGGGCUCCCUGCGCUUCUCCCUGUUCUAUGACAAGGUGCAGUCCAGACUGGUUGUCACUGUCCUGGAGGCCCGGGAACUACCGCUGAGGGAUUUCAGCCACGGUGUGGACCCCUUUGUGAGAAUUUGGCUGUUAUGGGCUGGGCAUGAGAGAGAGGAGGAGAGGGGGUUGGGGUCCUCUCCUUCACUCUGCUGUGUGCUCCACGAAUGGCAGUCCCGUAUGGUGAAGAACAACAGCAACCCUAUGUUUGGGGACCAAUUCUCCUGCUCCCUGGAGGGGAGAGAUGUUCCUCACAUCACAGUCAGGUUUGAGGUCAGAGAUUUUGAUAAGUUCUCCAGACAUGGGAUACUGGGAGAGGUCAGAGUUCAUCUGUGUGAUAUGAAGACCUCAUACCCUCUUGAAUUCCUGGAGGACCUUCAGACACCACAGAAGGACCUGGUUGGUGAAGUGCUUCUCUCACUGAAAUACCUUCACACCCUCCAGAGACUAGAGGUGGGUCUGCUGAAGAUCAGGGCACCGCAGCAGUCAAGUAAAAAAGAGAAAGCGUUAUAUGCCAGGAUCAGUGUACUCUGCAACCAGUUUAAGCUGCGGCAUCAGAAGUCCACUGUCAAGACCCGAUGGAAAGUGACUGCCUUCAAUGAAGUCAUGAUGUUCACACUUCCAGACCCUCAGAUAAGGGAAUGCAGAAUUGUGGUCUCUGUUUAUGAAGUCUAUGCUGCCAAUAAGUCAUCCAAACGCCUGGUUGGCCAGGUUGCCUUUGGAAAGACCAAGAGCUCACAGGAUGAACACUGGAGUUUGAUGAUGCGAUCGGUUUGUCAGCCAGUAGCAAAGUGGCAUCCGCUGUUGAUCUGAGACCAGCCACGCCACCUACAUCCUGCACAGACAAUUUAAUAUAAAAGUAUUGAGUACCAGAAAUACAAUGCUAUUUCUCACAACAGAUGCCGCUCUCUGCGAAAUAUAGACAUUUUAUUGCAUAUUUAUUUAUAUUUUGUUGUUAUAUAACUGAUAAUAACUGAACAGUGCCUGAUUACAAGUCUAAGGGCUACCUAUUUAACUUUGAGCUGGACUC